AUUUUUAAAGAGGAACGAACUGCAAAUCCAAAGCAAAAGCCUGAAAAAGCAGAGAAAAAUGAAUGGAAGACCAGUACCUUUCGGCUCUAGUUUAAAGAACAAGGGAAUGGGUGUUCAGCUAAGUUUUCAGUUGCUGGUUGCGAUUAUCACUGCGGUUUUAGUCCUUACGGCUUUGUCGAUGUCCAGAGGGAUUAGUCAAGCUCCAAAGUUAGUCGAGAAGCAGACCCAGAUCAGCUCGUUAUCUAGCUGUAAUUUCUAUUCUGGUAAAUGGGUAUUUGAUAAUCAAUCUCGCCCUCUUUAUAACGGGACAAAUUGUUCGUUCAUGGAUGAUGGAAUGGCUUGUCAGAAGUUUGGGAGAAAGAAUCUUAACUAUCUCUACUGGAAAUGGCAACCCAAUGAUUGUGACCUUCCAAGAUUUAAUGCUACGGCGAUGUUGGAGAAGUUGAGGAACAAAAGGGUUGUUUAUGUGGGAGAUUCACUCAAUAGGAAUCAAUGGGUUUCAAUGGUCUGCAUAUUAGAAUCAGAAAUUCCUAGUCAUCUCAAAUAUGUUAACUAUAAUGGCUCUUUGGUCACCUUUAAAGCUAUUGAAUACAAUGCUACUAUUGAUUUCUACUGGGCACCAUUAUUAGUUGAAUCAAAUUGCGACGAUCCAUCAUAUCAUCGUGUGGAAGAGCGCAUAGUGAGAAUCGAUUCAAUAGAAAAGCAUGCCAGAAUUUGGAAAGAUGCUGAUGUGCUUGUUUUUAAUUCAUAUCUAUGGUGGAGAUUGAAUUUGAAGGUUCUGUGGGGAUCUUUUGAUAGUGCAAAUGCAAAGUAUGAAUAUUUGGGGAUGCUGCGUACAUACGAGUUGGGGCUACAGACAUGGGCAGAUUGGUUGGAUACUCAUGUUAAUCGCACCAAGACUCGAGUUUUCUUUGUUAGCUUAUCACCUACUCACAACAGAGGAGAAGAUUGGGGGAAGGCAAAUGGUCAGAAUUGCUACGAUGAAACAGAGCCGAUUUCUAAUAGAGAGUAUUGGGGAUCAGAUUCAGAUCCAAAGAUGAUGAAAUUGGUGGAAGUGGCCAUCAAGAAACUGAAUGAGAAGAGUGGUUUCAAAGUUGAGCUGCUCAACAUUACUCAACUUUCCGAAUAUAGAAAGGAAGGUCAUUCAUCAAUAUACAGAAAGCACUGGGAUCCUCUGACCAAAGAACAAUUGGCAAAUCCAAGUAGUUAUGCAGAUUGUAUACAUUGGUGCCUUCCUGGAGUUCCUGAUAUUUGGAAUCAUUUUUUAUAUGCACACCUUCUUUACUAGUGAUUCAUACACAAUGAGACUAAUUGGUACAAAAAAAGCUUAUAUAUACAUGUUAAUAUCAAAUCAAAUAAUGCAAGAAUUGUUUUCGU